CUCCUCCGUCAGUCGCAGUUCGAUCGGCGAUCGCUCGCUCGCACAAGCACGGGUGGACGAUCGAUAUUUUUUUUUAUUUUCAUUGUUUCAAGCUUCGCGAUUAAGCGACAGGUAUCGUGAGGAUCAGCCUUACCGAAGGAUUUACCAAGGAUAACGAAAGGAUGAGGACGUUCGUAGCUACAGCGGCCAUAGUGCUGAUGGCAGGAAGUUGCAUGGCCAGCCAGGACUUCCUCUCUAAAUCCUUGAACGAGUGUAUCGCCGCGGACUCUUGGGUGUCCUGUCUGAAACACGAAGUUCUCGGAUACUUGGACGAGAAACUUGGGACCAGCACCGAGGCCAGAUCCUUAGACACCGUGGACGAGGCGAUCGUCGCUAGGACCUUCAAGUACCUGAAGAGUUUCGACUAUGGAGUCGAUUUACCCUUCGUGGACGCUAGUUUGAAAUACAGACCCAGCAGGAGUUUUGCUGAUUUGGACGUCGAAUUCAAAGGAAACGAAGUGGCUACCAGUCAGGCUCGAGGAAUCUUGAAGAAGAAGCUGCUGUUACCCUUCCUGUUGUUGUUAAAGCUGAAACUGAAGGCUUUGAUGCCCAUCUUCGUGGCUAUCAUUGGAUUGAAGGCAUUGAAGGCUCUGGUGCUCUCGAAACUCGCGAUCCUCCUCGUCGUUGGAUUUAUCGCCGUGCAAUUCUUCAAGAAGGGCGGCAUGAUGAUGCCAAUGGGAAUGUCGAUGGAACCGGCUACACCGGCAUACGGAGCUCCACCUUUGCCCUCGACCACGUCGAGCUACGACCCGGCCAACACGUGGGACGGAAAUGGACCAUAUUCCCGCGUCUGGACGCCGACCAACGGUGUGGAAGCCCAGAAUCUCGCCUACUCUUACUACUCGCCCAACAGCGGUUCAAGUUCUUACAGCUCCUCCGGUUCGUCCUCUUCGUCUUCCUCCUCGUCGGUGAAUCCUGCCAGUUCGUCGAACUACUAGGCACCCUGAACGAAGCUUCCGGUAGCUUCUGACGCUGGUUCAUCUAUAAAUUAAUUCAUGUUCUUAACGACGAGAUCGAUCGUUCGUUGUUGUACGAUCGAGAGACCAAAGAGACGCACGCCAAAUAACCUUGAAUCAUAUACGAUGAUCGAUCAAUCGAAGACUGUCGAUUAUCCAUCAUUCGAAACGAAAGAAAAACUUGUAUUCUUUCCUCGAGAAAUCGAUCGAGUAUACGAUUUUGUCCGUUGAUUGAUUAAAUCGAGGACUCGAGGAAAGAAUGGAAGUUAUUCAAUUCAUCGUUCAGUGUCACACGUGUACGCGUCGAAGGGUACAAUCUUGUAAAAGUGGCCAUUUUUAUGAUGGAUAGAUAGAAGAAUGUUUGGCUCGAUUGAAGAGUCGAUUCACGAAACUGAAGAUUGCUCGUACCGAACGCCAUAACGUUGUGCCUUUUAUGGUUGUUCACAGAUUAUUUAUUAAUCACGCGACACGAUUAUUUAUUCUCCCCCUCGCAUUUGUUAAUAAAAGCAUUUGUAUAACAAAA